GUUUUUUGAUUAACUAUUAAGAAUUUGAUUUUAUUUAAAAAAAAAUAUUUUUUAAACAAGUGUAAUCUCUAGCGGAUAUUGGUUUACGGUUUUCCUUUUUCGCAUAAAAAAAAGACACGAGCUUAUCAUUUUAUAAAAUUUUAUAGGAAACCAUAUUGGUUUCCAAAUGCGGUUUUUUUUAUAUUACCUCAGAAGACAUGAAAAACAAAACGUUCACUCGUCUUAAGAACAGUAACGUAGCAACAAGUAAAAAAAAAUGGAUCGUCAAGUAUUUCGGAAAAAACUGUAUAUGUGCACAAAUUGUAGAAGAAUUUCGAAAAUAACGGUCGAAAAGGGUAUGGUGCAUGAGACACCACCCUUCUAUAGAUUCUGCCCCGUCUGUUCUGCUUUUACAGUGUUUAAUAUAAUUAUGAAACAUGUGGUAAUGGUAAAUGUUAGAGACGGAAGAGUGUAGAGACGGAUGAGUAUAUAGUUUCCCAUAUUUAUAUAUAUUACAAGAAAAUAUAAAUUUAAAUCAUCAUUCAAUAUUUGCUUAGUUAUCGCUUUGCUUAAGUUAUAGUAUCAAUAAAAAGAAAAUGGAACCAGAAGUAGCUAGAACAAAAUUGUAUAUUUGCAGUGGUUGUAAAAAACUUAACAAAAUCAUUAUGGAGAAAGGAUGGCUGUAUAAGCCAAAUAGGUUCCUAAAAUUUUGUCCAUUUUGUGCUGAUUACAGAAUAUUUAGAAUUAGAAUGCAUCAAUUAAAUUGAACAAGAUAAUUUCCUAUAUUUAUGUAAGUAAAACACUAUUACCUACGCCUAUGCUUUAGUAAUACCCCCCCUCUUUUUUCAGAUAUAUUACAAGAAAAUAUAAAUUUAAAUCAUCAUUCAAUAUUUGCUUAGUUACCGUUUUGCUUCAUCAAGUAACAGUUGAUUUUUUUUAUUUUUUUCUGUGUUUUAAACAAUAAAAGAAAAAAUGGAAAGGUUAAACAGUGUCAGUAGAUGUGAAUACAAACCAAAAAUAUCUGUGGAAACGCUAAAGGUCAAUGAAAAAUAUAAGGUUUUAAAUUUAAAAAAAAUGCGUGGUGCCUAUGGCGAUACAGUAUUGGUUGAAGUGGAAGAAGGGGUAUUUUUCUUACCAAAAAGAAUAGCAACUUCAAUGACGAAACCAGUCGUUGAUGAGCUUUUGGGUGGCACUGGCUGCUACAUAAAAUAUUUAGGAAAGAAGACGAUCGGUGGUCUAGCCAACCCUGUGAAUAUAUUUGAAUUCGAACAGUAGACUUCACAAAUUAGUAAAUAUGGAAGACAUCUUACGGACUACAGGAAAACUAUUUAAACUUGUUAAAACACAAAAUGAAGUGGACAGAUUUUUAAAAUUAAACAAAAAAAAUAUCAAAUUGGUUCUAAGAAAACUGAAGGUGGAUGAUAAUUUAACAUUUGGGGAAAAGUUGCAAAUAGAAAAUGCACUGGCUUUACUAAAAUCGUACAAUAUUCAAAUUCAAAGGAAAAUUAUACAUGGCAGUGGAGUUCGAAGUACAUCUUCAUCCUCGAAGAGAAUUUUAUGGAAACAAAUUAGUUCAGCUUUUCAAUCAAGAAUAAUAACAGCAUCAAUAGUUAAUAUAUCUCACACUGACACUAAAUUAUUUUUAAACGAAUGUUCAAAAUUAUUAAAAAUUAGAUUUAAAAAUAUACUUAGAAAAUUGCAGUCUUUUAAAGUAAAUUUAAAACUUUGUUGCCUAUUUGAAUUGCCCUCUACGGGGGAAGAAGAAAUCAAACAAUUUGGAACUGUCAACAAAGAAGUGUUAUCUUCAAGUAAUGUGUCGAGAAUACUACAAGAACUUCAAGCUAUACUAUUGACUAAGCUGGAAGAAUUUGAACAUCGUGGGUCUGGAUGGAGAUAUCUAGGUAUUUCACAUUUAAUAGUAUCGAUUAACAAGUAUUCACCAAUCAAUGGAGCCACCUACGUUUCCCUUCCAAGCUGGUUAAGCGGCAAAGGCAUUGUUAAUAUAAAAAAUAACGAUUCAAGGUGUUUUGCUUGGUGUAUACUAGCUCAUUUAUUUCCUGUUCAAAAUGAUUGUGAAAAUGUAAAUUCUUAUCCUCAAAACAUACACGACUUUUUAAAUUUUAAAAAUAUCGAAUUUCCUGUAGCCCUAACUUCUAUAUCUAAGUUUGAAAAACAGAAUCCGAAUAUAUCAAUAAACGUAUUUGGCAUUGACAAUAAAUCAAAAUGUAUUAUAGGUCCUUACUAUCACACAAAAAUAGUUAAAGAAAAGCAUAUUAAUUUAUUAUAUCUCAUUUCAAAAUACCAAAAAAAUGGACAUUAUUGCUUAAUUACGGAUUUAUCGAAAUUAGUAAAAGAACACGUAACCAAAUCUAAAAGUUCCUUUUUUGUUUGUGAACUCUGUCUUAAUCAUUUUUCAAGCGAAAAGAAAUACCAAACUCAUCGUGAAAAUUGUUUAUUAUUUUCACCUGUUAAAGUAACAACACCUAGUGAAUCGGAUUCUGUUUUAAAAUUUAAAAAUUUUAAAGCUCUAAUUCUAAGACCUUUCGUUAUAUAUGCAGAUUUUGAGUGUUUUACGAAAAAAAUUCAAUUCUGUAAAUCUAAUCCGGAUAGGUCAUUUAACACUAAUUAUCAAAUCCACGAGCCGUAUAGUGUAGCAUAUAAUAUUGUUUGUUCAUUUAAUAGUGACCUGAAUAAAUUUAAUUUAUAUCGAGGAGAAAAGUGUGCCGUGUGGUUCGUGAAUCAGCUAAAGGAAGAAUCGUUUAAAAUUUCAAAUAUAUUCAAAGAAUUAAGAGUAAAACAUAAAAAUUACGUAUCCCUAAAUGAGGACGAACUUAAUGAUUUCAUUAAAACCACAAGUUGUACAGUCUGCGAUAACAUAUUUACUAGUGCGAAUUUUAAAGUCCGUCAUCACGAUCACUAUACAGGGCGUUAUAUUUCUUGUAUUUGUAACAAUUGUAAUUUACAGAUUCAAACUGAUACUACUAUUCCCGUUUUCUUUCACAACUUAAAUUAUGAUUUACAUGUAUUCAUUAGAGAACUUUCAAAAAUUUCCCAUGUGGAAAUACUUCCUUUAAAUCAUGAAAAUUAUAUUUCUCUUUCCGUGUAUUUCGGUGAUAUAAAAUUAAUGUUUUUGGAUUCCUUUAAAUUUUUGCCUGCAUCGUUAGAAACGCUAGCGAAUAAUUUGGAUAGAGAAUUAUUGCAACCGUUAAGAAUACAUUUUAAUAAUGAAUUAGAAUUCGAUCUAGCUAUGAGGAAGGGAGUAUUUCCGUAUGAUUAUGUAGACGAUUGGGAUAAACUUAACGAUACUAUUUUACCACCACAUAACUGUUUUUAUUCGUUGUUAAAAAACCAAAAUAUAUCUGAAGAAGAGUAUCGGCAUGCGCAAAUGGUUUGGUCUACUUUUAAUGUGAAUAAUAUGGGUGAUUAUAGCGAUAUUUAUCUAAAGAUUGACGUUCUCUUACUAACAUCAAUAUUUGAAAAUUUUCGAAAAUUGUCUUUCAAGUAUUAUGGAUUAGAUGCAGCCGCUUUUCUAACAUUACCCUCCUUUUCAUGGGCAGCGGCUUUAAAAAUGUCGAAAAUUAAUUUAAAAUUAUUAACCGAUAUAGAUCAAAUUUUAUUUAUAGAAAAAGGAAUACGAGGAGGGGUGUGUCAAGCAAUUUGUCGUUAUAGUAAAUCUAAUAACCCGUAUUAUUCUGAAAAUUUCGAUAACACAAAACCACAUACUUAUUUAUCUUAUUGGGAUUUAAAUAAUUUAUAUGGAUGGGCUCAAUCACAAAAUUUACCAUUUAACGAUUUUCGAUGGUUAGAACAGUUCGAGGUUGAAAUUUUAAAGUUUAAUUUAUUAAAAUGUUUUGAUCGAGUUACUAGUAAGUAUGGAAGUUCAAAGGAAAAAUCAAUUAUUUUAGAAGUAGACCUAAUCUAUCCGUCGCAUUUGCACGAUCAACAUAAAUUUUUGCCUUUUUGUCCCGAACACAAAAUCUGUCCGAAUUCAAAAUCUCAAACAAAAUUGCUCUGUACACUAAACGAUAAACAUAAGUAUGUAAUUCAUUUUGAAAAUUUGUGUCUAUGUUUAAGACAUGGUCUAAUAUUAAAAGACAUUUAUAGAGUUUUAGAAUUUAGUCAAAAGCCUUGGCUUAAAUCAUAUAUUGAAUUUAAUACGAAAAAAAGAAUGGAAGCCAAGAAUGAUUUCGAGAAGGAUUUUUUUAAAUUAUUAAUUAAUGCAAAUUUUGGAAAAACUAUAGAACGAGAUAGAAAGAAACGAAAUAUUAAACUAGUUAGAAACUGGAAUUCAGCUCGUAAAUAUAUUUCAAGACCUGAAUUUAAAAAUGUUAAAAUAUACGACGAAAAUUUAAUAUCUAUCGAAUUAAAUAAAACUAAUAUACUUUUUAAUAAACCAAUAUAUGCGGGCUUUACCAUUUUAGAACUUUCCAAAAUUCGGAUGUAUAGUUUUUAUUAUGACUAUGUCUUAAAUAAAAUUGAACCGCUUUUUAGUACUAAGCUUUGUUAUAUGGACACAGACUCUUUUGUUUUUGAAUUUACUAGUAAAUGUGUAAAUCCAGAACUGUCCAUUUAUGACAUAAUUAAAAGAGACUGUAAGAAUUUCUUUGAUACGUCUGAAUAUGACGAUACUAAUCCAUACUGUAUUCCAAAAGUUAACAAAAAAACUCCUGGUAUGAUGAAGGACGAGCUAAAAGGAAAAAUUUUAUCGGAAUUUAUUUGUCUCAGAUCAAAGGUUUACAUGUAUAGAAUCGAAGGAAAAGACUCUAACGCGAAACUUAAGGGUGUUAGCAAGUCUGCUUCUAGUCGUUUAACAUUCGAAGAUUUCUAUACAUCACUUUUUCACAAUAAGAAAUCUUAUCUAUCUUUCAAUACAAUUCAGUCAAAAAACCACAAUAAUUAUUCUAUACAUGUAAAAAAAUUAGCUUUAGAUCCUUGUGAUAACAAAAGAUUUAUUAUGGCUGAUAACAUAAACACGUUACCAUGGGGACACUUUUCUCUCUUGUAACAGUUUUAUUUAUUAGGUAUUAUUAAGCGUUUCAUCUUAAGUCUAAAUAUUUUCUUGUAUUAUGUAUAAAUAUUUUCUUGUAUUAUGUAUAAAUAUAAUACUGUUUACAGUUUUUUUUUUCAAGAUUUGUAUCCACUAACAUUUUAAUACUUUAGUUAUAUUUAUGUAUGUAUUAUGUAGUGUAUAAGAUGUCAACUUUUUG